UCUAUUUCAACAUGCUCUCCUCUUCUGACAAGUUCUAAUUCCUACUACAGCAGCAGCAGCACGCUGAUGUGCUUCAGUAGUAAGGUAAGAGGAAACUACUGACAUCUUCCACCCAGCGUUUUAGAAGUCAAGCGUGAAAGCCAAAAGUAAGCAAGGAUCAGAAAUCCUUUUUCUUCAGCUAUUUAAUGCUGGAUGCUUAAGUCAUUCUGGGUGACAUUACCAGUUGGAACAUAGCUGUGAUUCAUUUCUCUGCACACAUUUAAAUGGUUUGGAGUACACUAGAAGGAAACACAACCUGCCGAGCACAGGACCUCAAACAAUAAACUCUUAAGGUUUUCACCCUGAUGGAUGUUACAAAUAUAAUGUAUCCAAUGUGAUCUCAUGGACUCUGAUCAGGACAAAUAUUCUUCCUUGCAAAAUAAUCCAGCGGUGAAAUCUCAGUCUGGUUUUGUGCCCAAUCAGGAGUCAACUUCAAUUAUGCAAGACCAAUCAAACAUCACGUUUACUUCGGGAUCAAUUGACAGUGAAUGUUCUCCCAUCAACCAAUCAGAUGAGGGAAGACUGGAACAAACAAGUUCAGCUCCAUCGUGUUUGCAAAUUGACACUGUUGGUUAUGGAAGUCAAAACCAUGAUUCUGACAAUCAAGUUAGAAGAAGCAGUUCAGAUUCUUCAAUAAGCCCCACUCUGUCUCCCUCACCCCAAGAUCACAUUCAUAUGAGAUUCCCUACAAACAGAACCUCCCCUAGUGAGGAUAUGAGAAGGUAUAGCUGUGAUGACACCACAGCACGAAGCUAUAGCAAAUUCAUUAAGAGUAGAAAUGAAUUUCAUCCAUACAAAAGGCAAUUCAGUGAUGGUUUUCCAGAUAAUCUACAAUCUCUAGAUCUUACAGAAAAGCCUUACAAAAACAUGGAUGCAAUGGAUAGUUUUGAAGAAAUCUGUGGUCAACCAGGUUCAGAAAGCACUGAUUCAUUUGAUACGCAUGUUCCUGAUAUCUCAGCGGAGGCUACAUGGUGCAAUUCCUUACAAUACAACUCAGGUCAAGAUGAAAGAUCACAGAUGAUGUUGGGGUCCGAAAUAAAGCCAACUUCUUUGGUCAUGCGUCAACAAGAAAAGGAGCAAAGAAUGUAUUGGUCCCAGUCACAGACUCAACAGAUAUAUUGUACCCCACAAACAUUUCCUCAGUAUUCCACAGGGGGAAACUACCCUGUAACAUACAUUUCUUCAUCACAUUAUCCAUAUCAAAGAAUCGCACCCCAAGCGGGCCUGGAGUCGCAACAGCCUUUAUAUCCAAAACCUAUCUACUCUUACAGCAUUCUGAUAUUUAUGGCCCUGAAGAACAGCAAAACUGGGAGUCUGCCAGUUAGUGAGAUUUACAAUUUCAUGACAGAGCACUUCCCCUAUUUCAAGACUGCUCCGGAUGGGUGGAAGAAUUCAGUGCGUCACAACCUGUCUCUGAACAAAUGCUUUGAGAAGGUAGAAAACAAAUCCGGCAGUUCUUCACGAAAAGGAUGUUUGUGGGCUUUAAACCCAGCCAAAAUUGAUAAGAUGCAAGAAGAACUGCAGAAAUGGAAACGAAAAGAUCCUAUAACUGUCAGAAAAAGUAUGGCGAAACCAGAAGAUCUUGAUAAGCUAAUAGGAGACAGAACUGACAAACUGAGGUCAUCCCUCAUGGCGUGUAAUUCUGUAGCUAUAUCAAGUGCAUCUUCUGCAAUGCAAUUACCCAUGCAGACCUCAAUGUGUGAACCGUCUAUUUCCCCUACAUCGCUGCAGUCAUUGCAUGAUGUUUCAGGGUCUCUCCAGGCCAAAAAGCAGCUUGCAGGUCACCAGCCACCAUGUUAUAAUUCUCUACCACAUGGCUUCCCACAAAUCUCACCAGCUAUGAUACAACAACACCAAGGGAUGCCUCAGAAUCAUUUCCAACCACCAGAAGACCACAGUGAACUAAGAGCCCAACCUUUCAAUCCCCAGGACUCUCCUAUCCCUGCUCACACGCCACCUCUUCACAACAUGACAGUAACAGAGCACUCUCCAACCAGAACUAUGCAGGAAAAUCUUAUAGAAGGCGAGCUAAGCAAUGACAUUGAUGCUCUCAAUCCAUCUCUUACAGACUUUGAAUUGCAAGGACAUCUUUGGGAGGAGCUUAAGGAUGACAGCCUGGCUUUGGAUCCACUGAAUCUCUUAUCGUCUUCCCCAACGCUGCCACCACAUUAUUUCAUGCAAACUGGGAACAGUGCAGGCAACGAUGAGAUUGGUUCUCAUAGCAGUAAUUCGCCCAUGGGUUUAGGUGAUAUACAUCUUACCACAGUGUACUCUUCAUUCAUGGAACUAGAUACACCAAUAUCAUCAUAUCUCAGCAGUUCAGGAACAAAGCAUGUUGCAUUUGUUUAAAUAAUCUACCAACCAAUACAAUAUUUUACUUCAAUUGGAAAAAAACUCCAUUGAUCUUCAUUGUUACAUGAAAUUGGUUCCUCACGAAGAUGGUAACUUUUCACUUCAAGAAUCAAUCAUUAAGGAUCUUAAUUUGAGCAGUAUUUACUAAAACAAUGACAUUCUCCAGUUUUCAAUCAUAUAGAAGUUAAACAGAAUAGUAUAUCAUGCAUUAAAAAUAGCAUUGAAUCAGUAUUAAAGUUUUUUUUUCUUCUUUCAUUUCUCCUGGUAUAUCUGCAGUGUUCAAGUGUAGUGUCCUUAAGCUUUCAGUACGCAAAAAAGAUUUUUCAAUUGCACUACCUAUAAACCAAAAAAUGCAAAAUAAUGCAUCAGAAAAUUUAUAAUUUGUCUGGCUAAAAAUAAUAAACUAUAAAGUGAAAGAUAACCAAAAGAUUUCAAAGUGUUUCAAAUGCAUGAUAUACUUUUCAGUUCAUUCCUUUAUAAUUCAAGAUAUGUUAUUGCCAUGUCCCUAUUGUUUUCUAUAUGAUUACACACAUAAAUUAUUGUCACUUUCAUAGUAUUAUACAUUUUAUCUUCAAUUUAAUUUGAUAGAUUAUUUUGCAUUAUUUCAGUUUCUCUCAGAAGUCCACAUCUUUUGCAUGCUCUCAUUUCUAAAGCCAUUAUUGUUGGUCAUACUAAUUAAGCUUUUCAAACUGUUCCAUGGGGCCCACUCUCUGGGUAAUGAAAUUAUUUCCAAGCUUGCUUCUGGAUGCAGAUAUUAGAGGAAAUAAUGCAGAUGUACGCAAGACAAUCAAAAAGAAAGUAAAAUGUAUUCUACCCUACAAAUAAUUUAAUUUAUACUUUCAAUACCACAUUAUGAAUUGGAGACUUUUGAAUACUCCUGAGGCUGACAGAUUGAUGGAAAUUGAAAAUCUAUAUAAAACAAAAAACAAACAAAAACAAACAAAAAACAAACAUAAAUGAUAAUAUUUCAUCUGCUUGGUAAAAAAGGGUAAAAAGAUGACAUUUUGAACGCUUCGUAUUUUACCCUUAAAAGAGAAAAAGAAGAAACUUGGAUAAAGAGCAAUCAAGAAACAGAAUGUAAAUUUCAUCAGUAAACAAUGGCUGCAAGCAAAGAUAAUGUUUGAAUCGAGAAUAGAUAACUAACCAAAAUGUAUAUUUCAGAGUCCUAAUAUAUGCAAAAAUUGUGUGCAAGUGUUGUAUGACUGCACACUAAAUACAGACAUUGAUGCAUGGAACUCAGAAACAUUUCAUUUAUGUUAAAGGAUAAAUAGACCUUCAAAUUUCUAACAACGUGUGCUAAAACGCAUGCAGUUCCUACAGCCGGAUUUUUCAUUUCUCCCUAAGCACUCUGUGUAGUGGUGGAUUUUUUUCAUCACACAUUUUAUUCUGGAUUUACAAUUUAUAUUUUCUCAGAUGCAUAAAUGUAUUGUUGGGUGUCUAAACACAAGAUUUUGUGUAUAUCUUGGAAAUGAAGAUGUUUGACUUUUAAUAUAUGCAGUAUUACCAGACAUUGUCAUGUUGGAUAAGCUGAACACCUAACACAUAUAGCAUGUGCCACACCUUCAAAUUAUUUAAAUUGCUAGUAUUGCCAAUUAACUUCACCUGUGAUGAGAGCUAUCAUACAAGAAGAAGGCCUACAAGUUUGUUUUAUAUAACCACCAGGGUCAUGACUGAUCUGCAUUAGUGUGUACGGCCUUCACUUUUUCGAAAAAAAGUCUUAUUGGUGGCAGUGUUACAUUUUGUAUUUAGACAACUUUAAAAUGUAUAUACAUAAACAAUGCAAUUGAUAACAAAUAGCUUGUUGUUAAUUGCAUAUGGAGUCCUAGCAGCCGCACUAAAUUAUUUCUUAUGCUACCAUAUUUAUGGCAGUUUAUAUCAAACAAAUCAUUGCUACUGUCAGAGAUGAUGCUCACUGAAUUUAUGAAGAACAUGCAAUUCCAUUUAACAAUGAGGACAUAGUUUAGGUCUCACUCAUUUUGGUUACGUGAUAUUUGAUAUAUUAGAACAACACACAAAAGGUCUGUGCACCAUUAAACAAACAAAUCCGGCUCUGAAAAAAGCUGAAUGCCCCUACCCGUGGCCAUAUUAGCACACAUGUUUAAUAUUUGGUUAAAAAUCUCCUAGUUUUACUAUUUUAUUUAUAUAAUUUACAUAUAAAUCACAGUACAUAUAAUUCAGAUUAAUUUGAAAAUCCUUAAUGCCAUUGACAAACUCCUAUAUUACUUAAAAAAGUAAUAUUUCAUGAGAUUUGUGGCAAGGUUCUAAAAGUACCCAGGAAUGUGUAGCGUACCGUCUUAAACCUCCUUUUAAAUAGCAUACAGUGAAAAACAGGAUCUCCCUUUAUAUAUAUAUAUACUAUACAUGGAAAUUUUUCUUUGCCAGCGUCAGUGGCUCAGUAGCCCAUGCCGCUGGCCUGAUCUAACCUCACUAUAACUGCACCCAUUUAAGUCCAGUUUUUGAUUAUCUCUUCUUCACAGGAUUCUUCCAUCUGUCAUUAUUAUUAUUGAUUACCUGUAUUGGAGCAUAAUUCAUUUUCUGUAUUUUAUUACCUUCAGUACUUGUUCCUUUUAAUUUUGUGUACAAAUGAAUUUGAAACAAAAGUCACAUCCCAGGAAUGAUAAACACAUCAACUUACAUAAAAAUAACACAUAUUGAACUUAUCAUUAGUAAAUGCAAAAGCUGUCCAUGUAAGUGUUGUAUCCUUAUCCUUUUUUGUAUCAGUGGGUUUAAGUUUAAUCCUACAUUACAAAAUAGCAUCCAGAAAGCUUAUAAUGCAAUCAGAAUAUGUAUAGUGUAGAGAAUUACAAAACCGAAAACAUCACAGUUAAAUAAAUACCAGAGAAUAAUGAAUCUUAGUCACUAGUUGCAGUAGAAAUAAUACUGACUUUUUUCUUAUUGAAAAUCCUCUCUAAACAUUUGCACUAAGUAUAAUGUAGACAGCACAUAUCGUCAUGUAAGUCAAAUCAAUACUGAUUACAUAAACUGCUAUAGUGGCAGUGUACAUUGUGCAAUCUUGGCACACAGUGAUUUGCUUAUGUGGCCUUUUUUUCAAUGUUUUGUAUAAUAGCUUAAUGUUUGUUAAAAGCUUCACUAAAAUGCAAUGCAUAAAAUCUGAGUUUUA